CACACAAACCCGCUGCAUCCGUCCAUCUUACUCACAUCCCUAGUCCGAAGCAGCAGACCGUCAUCCAGCUUUGCGCCCUGUCAGCGCAUCUUUCCGCAGCUUCCGCGUCUGCCUACGCACCUCGGCCAUUCGAAACACAAACCCCAGCUCUACCACCAAACACCCGCCAUGUCGCAAAAUUACAACCAGUACGGCGGAAACCCCUACAGCCAGGCCGAGGCUGGCUACGGGCAGUCGAACCCAUAUGGAGGUGGCGACUAUGCGUCCAACCCGUACGGCGGCGGAGGAUAUGACCAACAACCGAAUGCACCAGCGCUCCAGCACAACGACUCGGCCUACUCGCAGCCCUCGCAGUACUCCGGAGCCGGCCCCGUCACGUCCAGCGCCCCCAACACCAACCAGAACAUUCCUCACACCGACGUGCCUGUCCAGCAAGCAUACGGUCAGGCGCCGGCCGAGCAGCAUGGCGCGCAACCAUUGAGCCGCGAAGACUACCUGUCGCGCAUUGCCGGCACCAAGCAGCGCAUCGCGCAGCUGACCUCGGACAUCCAGUCGAUCGCCAGCAUCCACCAGCGCAUGCUGUCGUCGCCCGACAACCGUUCGUCUUCAGAGCUCGAGGCUAUUGUGUCGCAAACACAGAUCAGGAACACGCAGAUCAAGGAUGAGAUCAAGUUCCUCGAGCGCGAUGCGACACGAGGCGGCAACGACUCGUUCAAGAAGACGCAGGUCGAGUCGCUGAAGCGGCAGUUCAAGACGCAGCUCGAGGACUUCCAAAGGGAGGAAGCCGACUACUCAAAGAGGUAUCGCGAGGCUAUUGGCCGCCAGUACCGAAUCAUCAACCCGGAAGCAACAGAUGCAGAGGUGCAGGAGGCGACCAACGCGGACUGGGGCGAUGAGGGUAUCUUCACACAAGCUCUCAAGAGCAACCGUAGCGGCCAGGCGUCCAGCGUGCUCGGCGCCGUCCGUGCUCGCCACAACGACAUCCAGCGCAUCGAGAAGACCAUGUCGGAACUUGCGCUGCUCUUCAACCAGCUCAACGAGAUGGUUGUCUACCAGGAGCCCCAGGUUGCGCGCAUCGAGGAGCAAACGGUCCAGGUCACCGACGACACUACGCAGGCCAACAAGCAGCUCGACUCGGGCAUCGCGUCAGCUCGACGUGCGAGAAAGCUCAAGUGGUGGACUCUGCUUGUCGUCGUCCUCAUCGUUGCUAUUCUGGCGCUGGCCCUUGGUAUCUACUUCGGCACCGGGCAGAACAAGAAAUAGAGAGAAUAUGUUUCGGAAUCGAGAUCGGAAGCUAAAGUGCUGUUUCAUUUUGUCUAGGUAGCCUAAUUAGGGCUGUGGUUUCGCAGCCCAUGUGUAUAGUGUAAUGACGGAAACGGUAGGGCGGGAUAGAAGUAAUUCAUCGAGCUUUCAAAGUUAG